AUGGCUGAGGCACUGCUGGCGGGUUUCGGCCUGGGGUCCGAGGGGAUGGGGCCGCAGCCGGAGCGCACGGGCUGGGCGGCCGAGCAGGAGCCGGCAGCCCUGGAGCAAGGCUCGUUCCAGGACGGAGAGUCGUACAGCGACUGCAGCGGCGAUGGCAGGCCGGGGUCCCGGUUCUCCAGCUUCGUGCUGCAGGGGAAGACAAGCUUCCCGGAGCUGUUCCAGACCGGCCACCUGCUGUUCUACGAGCGGUUCGCAGCCUACCAGGACUACAUGCUGGCUGACUGCAAGGCCUCGGAGGUGCGCGAGUUCACCGCCGAGUUCCUGGAGAAGGUCCUCGAGCCCUCGGGGUGGCGGGCGGUCUGGCACACGGACGUGUUCGAGGUGCUGGUGGAGGUCACGGACGUGGACGUCGCAGCCCUGAAGGCCGUGGUGCGGCUGGUGGAGCCGUGCCUCUGCGAGUCCUCCUUGGGCACCUUCACCCCGGAGUGCGUGCGGGAGCUGCUGGACCUGAAGGCGCAGCGGCUGCCGCUGCAGGAGCUCUGGGUGGUGUUCGAUGACUCGGGGGCGCUCGACCAGACCGCGCUCGCCAUCGAGCACGUCAGGUUUUUCUACCAGAACAUUUGGAGGAGCUGGGACGAAGAGGAGGAGGACGAGUACGACUAUUUCGUCCGAUGUGUGGAGCCGCGGCUGAGGCUGCACUACGACAUCCUGGAGGACCGCGUGCCGUCGGGACUGGUCGCCGAUUACCGCAGCCUGCUGGCCCAGUGCCAGGAGAUCUACGGAAGCUUCCUGAGCCUGCGGAGCCACCUGUCGGCCUGCGACUCGGACAGCGAGCAGGGGAGCCUCUCCAUGGUGGAGGGUCUGAAGCUCUACUCCGAGAUGGAGCAGCUGAAGCAGAAGCUGAAGCUCAUCGAGAAUCCCCUGCUGAGGUACGUGUUUGGGUAUCAGAAGAAGUCUAACAUCCAAGCCAAGGGCGCCCGUCCCAGCGGCCAGAAGGUCACCCACGUGGUCGCCUCCACCCUGACGGCAGGGCUGCUGCAGGCCCUGCUCAGGGACAGGCUCUGCCGGGAGCCUUGCCAGGAGGAGGCGGAGGUCCAGUUCCACAGGGACCCGCUGUCGGCCGUGAGCGCCUGCUACGAGGGCGACACCGUCCUCGUCUGUCCCGGCCGCUACGUGGUGCAGGGCGCCCUCGCCCUCGCGGACUCCAUCGCGCUGGAAGGGUACGGCCUCCCCGACGACGUCGUCAUAGAGCAGAGGGGCAAGGGGGACACGUUCGUGGACUGCACAGGCGCGGACGUGAAAAUCUCAAACAUCAAGUUUGUCCAGCGCGACGCCGUGGAAGGGAUCCUGAUCAUUCACCGGGGCAGGACCGUCGUGGAGAACUGCGUGCUGCAGUGCGAGACGACCGGCGUCACCGUGCGCACCUCCGCGGAGCUCCUGCUGAAGGCCUCGGACUUGUACGGGGCCAAGGGCGCGGGUGUGGAGAUCUACCCCGGGAGCACGUGCACGCUGAGCGACAGCGGGAUCCACCACUGCAAGGAGGGCAUCCUCAUCAAGGACUUCCUAGACGAGCAUUACGACCUCCCCAAAGUAUCCAUGGUGAACAACAUCAUACACAACAACGAGGGCUACGGGGUCGUCCUGGUGAAGCCGACCAUCUUCGCGGACCUGCAGGGUGGCGCCCCAGGCGGGGCCGCAGAAAAUAAAGCCCCAAAGACGCAGACCCGCGGGGAGGCUGAGGCGGCUGGACGGGUGGACCUGGAGGAGCUGAUCGAGUGCGCGGCUGGGAAAGCGGCGCCCGGCGGUCGGACUGGCCCCUUGGAGCAGGUCGAAGGCAACUGCGAGAUCUUCAGCGAGCUGGUGGCCGCCUCCACGCAGAAAGGCCAGCUGAAGAAGAAGAGGCUGAGCGAGCUGGGGAUCACACGGGCGGACGACAGCCUGAUGGCGCAGGAGAUGUUCGCGUGCAUCGUGGGGAACCAGUUCAGGUGGAACGGGAAGGGCAGCUUCGGCACCUUUCUCUUCUGA